AUGACGGCUCCCGUAAAGACACUGCGAUCUCUUCUCAAUGAACUUCGUCUUGCAAGUCCCAGUGGUAGUAUCAAAGACUCCCUGGCGGCAAAGUAUAUUGUGGCUCAAUUCCAGAAGUACCGUACAACGGAUCAAACGCUGUGCAAAGCCAAGGAGGAGAUGCACUUCCUAGGACAGACCUAUUUGUGCUACUUACAGAGUCAACGCAACUACCAGCGUAUCCGGAAGGAGUAUUCAGGACGUGGAGAACGAACUGUUGAAGACACAGCAAAAAUGGUGGGCUUUAAGUUGCCACAUGACCCAAAAUAAAUUUAUAAUACGUUGUAUUCUUUUAGAGAAAAAAUACAGUCAAAUUAGAAAAUAA